AAAAGCCACGUGCUCAUCCGGGCCGAAGCCAAACUUCACGAGAAGAUCAUCGGAAAAGGGGUCGAAUUUCGUGAGUACCCUUCGAAUUGUAAAGCAGAAACAAAAGAGAAUAUUAAUUACACGCUUUCAUCGCUAGGACCCCUUUCUUUUUUACCACCACAAUCCUGGGAAAAACUUCCUUUUCUCGAGCAAAACCUAUUUGGCAAUAAUAUUGCAAAUCUGGUUUGGCAAAAUCUUCGGCACUCAUCACGUUACCACCAAUCCUUCCAUCCACCAAUCACCAUCCAUCUGGCGAGCCCAGCUGCAAAACAUCCCCACCGGAACAAGCUGCACAGCUACGAGGGCCGCAUCCUACGUUUGAGGUUAACCUUGCCAGGUGGUCGUUCAUCAGAGGUGUCAAGUCUUGCCGGAUCAGAUUGCAAUUCCGGUCGCUUCCAUUUCGCUAUUCCAGUGGCGCGAUUCCAGUGGAGCAAUCACCUGCUUCGGUCGUGCUACUCUAGUGGCAACAAAAUCCCGGAAAACAGCAACCGAGUCAGGUUUCCAAGGGGGUGUGCAUCUUCUGGCAGCACAUCUGUGCUCAAGGGUCCCAGGCAACAUCCGGUAGGAUCGGGCGCCGUGAUCAGAGGCAGCCGCCGCUCACGGGACGCAGGAAGCAGCCACCGCAGGAGGCGAAAGCCGCGUGUACUGCGUGUCGGGUUCGGAUUCAGCAAUUACCACCGCAGGAGGCGAAAGCCGCGUGUACUGCGUGUUGGUUUCGGUUCAGCAAUCACCGCAGGAGGAGAGAACCGCGGGAACUGCGAGCAAGUGUCAGGGAAGCAACCACCGCAGGAGGCGAAAGCCGCGUGUACUGCGUGUCGGUUUCGGUUCAGCAAUCACCGCAGAAGGAGAAAGCCGCGUGUUCUUCGCGCUAGUGUUAGUGUCAGCAACCAUCGCAGGAGGCGAAAGCCGCGUGUACUGCGUGCUAUUAAAGGUAUCAGCAACCACCGCAGGAGGCGAGAGCCGCGUGUACUGCGUGCUGGUUUCAGUGUCGGCGACAACCGCAGGAGGCGAAAGCCGCGUGGACUGCGUCCAGAAACAGGUGGCCAGGACGACUGCAGGAAGCGUAAGGCGCAUGUGCUGCGAUUGGCAACAAUCGUUUCAAUCAGGGAAAACGUCGGUCGGCGUGACAGAGUCGUGCCAUCGGUUCAGCAGCCUGAGCUGCAACAUUACAGCUGCAACAGCACCAAAGGUAGCAAUUGCAUCGGCGGGAAGAAUCAACUGCCAUAUGCUUCCGGUGGUUCCAGUGGCUGGAUGCUCAGAUGUCUGGAUGCGCUGGUCAGCGCGUCAAAUCCAUCCGCCACAUCAAAGGGCUAG